CCCAUUUACUCUGAGGAGAGUUCCUAUUUGCCACGCCCCUAAAUCCCCGGAUGUUUCAGUUGGGAUGGAUUUACUUUUACUUCAGCUACGCGGUGGUGGUUCGUUGGAUUACGAAGUACCUCAAGAAUUGCACAAGAAUGCUGGUGAAAGUACGUUACAAGUCGGAACAGAAGUUUGUUCGAGUGACAGAGCCGACAUUGCAUGUCUUUCUGAAAGACGCUUUCUUGAAGUUUGGAAUCCAUGAUGCUACCUACCAAACGGCCAAAUUACUUGACGAAACAGGCACAGAAUUGGAUGAAGAUGUGUUUGAGGAGGUGCUGCAGCAGGCCAAUAUUGGUGUUCUUCUCCUGAAGCUGGAUGAUGACAUGCAAGAAAUGGAGACCGAGUCAUCAUUUAAUACUAGCUCCAGCUCUGCUGUCAUUGUCACCUCUAGUCCACGUCCACCCAGCCCAAGGCAGCAUGUUGAAUCGGACUCCAAAGCUUUGGUACAAGGCAUACUGGAGAAAAAUCCGGGAGGAGAGACGAUUUUCAGAGAAUACCGGAAAACGAAGUGUCUGACAGACAGUUUGAGACGGAAAAUGAUAACUAUACUUGUUGCUGACAUGACAGAGAAGCAUGGGACAUCUCCACCAAGGCACGUCCGAGAGAUGUAUGCGGAGGGAAUAAUUACUCUGUUUCCUGGUUUGAGAGAUCCAUUCUCCAAAAAAGGAUAUGAACAUUACUUUGACCCUCAAAGUGGAGAGGGGUACCUGGCCUGGAAAAUCAAGACUAUCCAGAGGAAUUGCUCACAGAAACGAAGCCAAUCAAGCAAGUCACAUUGCGGAGGGCCAACAGCUGAAAGAAGAGCGCCAGAUGUUCUUGAUGACCUCAAUGAAGACGAGUGUAAAGAAGCCAUGUCCUACAUGAAGCACUGCUCAGAUGAGACUGCAAUCAAGCAGAAGAUGCAAGUCACAUUUCAGUACAGGCGCCGCUUGGUUGAAGACCCAGACAAAUGUACAAACGUGCUAACAGAGUUCCCACGCUUCAAGGAUGUUAAAGGACUGAUUGAACAGGACUUUACACGUCUGUUUGGUGGUGUGGUGUCUGCGAAGUUUUUGGAAAGAUGGCCAACUGCAUUCAAGCACAAAGUUAUCGAGCAGAGCAAGUGCUUGCACCUGUCACCUGAUCUACAGGAACUGAUUGACGCUGCAGAGGCUGUGCAGAAUGAGGACGAUGGAAAUGAUGCAGCAUGGGAUCAUGAUCUUGCGGGAAUACUCCUCCUACUCCACCUCAUUCCGCCAGUUGCGCAAGGUCGCAAGAGGCCCGGGAAGAUGUCUCCCUUUCAAGCAGAGCAGAGUGUUGUCGUCUUCUUGAAGAGUCAGGUUAACAGCAUACAGGAGCAUCUGGAUCAAAUCGCCGAAAGCAAGCAGCCAUACCUACUGGCAGUGGGCCCUAGAAAGAAGCACAUCCAUGCGUUCUUCAUCGUCCUCGACAGGUGUGCCAUUCCCUGCACAUCAGGAAGCGCAGUUGGGGCCUUUGAUGAACUUUUUAAGAGCCAUUUCGUUUUCGGCACAUCAUACUGCAAAGCCCUCAACAGUAUGUACACCUUCAUUCAGACAACCAUAUUUGAAAUCGACAUUGGCCAGGUGAAAGAAACACCCCGAGUACUAGAACUUAGAGCAAGGUUACUAAACUAA